CAGAGAUGAAGGCUGAGUUCGCACGGACCCCUGGGAUGGGAUGGGAUGGAGCAGAUGGAGGUGUGCCAUCGGUCGUGAUGUCAGAGCGCAAGGACUCUCAUGAUUGGCUCUAAUUAGAAUCUGCGGCAGCAAAUAGACACGCGUCCUGCAUGAUUGGACUCAAAGUGGCUGUUGCCAAAAAGCGCAGAGAGGCGCAGGAGCUCCAGACGCGGGAGGAGGACCGCUCCAGAUACGGUCAGACAGGCGAGCAGCACUUUUAGCUUGUUAUCGAGAGCUUAUUAGAAGAGUGUGAGGCGGAAUAAAACGCAGCUGAUAUUCCCGGAGCGUUUCGCGUGCGCAACUGCAGCACGACAACUUCAGAAACAUCAAGCAGAACAAGUUCUCCUAAAUCUGAGCACCAUGGCAUCGGUCCCCAGCAGCCAAGUCAAGUGCAAGUUCAAGAGGAGGAGGAGAAGGAGGUGCAAGCGAAAAGAGAAAAUGAACAUGUUGACUACACUGAUCGCCCCUUACAAGUACAUAAGCCCAGCAGCCAAUUGCACAGAAGAUGAGGACACGUUGAGCACCAGCAGUGCUGAGGUCAAGGAGAACCGUAACACAGGAAAUUUGGAAGAUUGCGCUAUUGUUUCAUCGGACUGCCAAACCCUCUUCCUGUCCGAUGCACCCAGGGAUGGGGCAUCUGGCCUCAAGAGAAAGCGACCUUUGGAGGAGGACAAUAAUGGACAUUUGCGCAAAUUGCGUCUGUACUGCAAGAAACUGGCAUGGUCCGAUGCACCAAAGAACGCUCUGGUCCAGCUGAACGAGCUGAGACCAGGUCUACAGUAUCGGAUGGUCUCUCAGACAGGACCAGUGCACGCACCUCUCUUUUCCAUCGCCGUGGAAGUCAACGGACUCACAUUUGAGGGCACAGGCCCUACAAAGAAAAAGGCUAAGAUGAAGGCAGCUGAGAUGGCCCUGAAGUCCUUCAUCCAGUUUCCCAAUGCCUCGCAAGCUCACUUGGCCAUGGGCGGACUGAACAACCCCACGGCUGACUUCACCUCGGACCAGGCCGACUUCCCAGACACGCUGUUCAAAGGCUUCGAGCCUGAUGGCUGCCGCUCUGCCGAGAGCGAGUUGCUGUCUAGCGCCCUCCGUUUGCGCCACACAUUGGACUUGAUGGUGGUGCAGGCGAGGCAAGGAGAUCCCUGUCUUCCCCCACCUCCAGGUCCCACUACCCAGCCCAGCCCGGUUGUCCUGCUCAAUGACCUGCGGCCCGGUCUAAGAUACGCCUGCCUGUCAGAGCGGGUUCAGGGCAAACGGGCACACCGCAGCUUCGUCAUGGCUGUUAGAGUGGACGGCAGGAUAUUCGAGGGCUCAGGUCGCAGUAAGAAGCAGGCAAAGAGGCAGGCGGCUUUGUGUGCCCUGCAGGCGCUCUUCAACUUCAUGCUGGCACCUGAGGCGAGAGCGGGACACCGGCCCAGUAGGAUCAAAUGCCCUCAUUUGCCCCAGGAGUUUGCGGAUGCGAUAUUUCACCUGGUGCGAGAGAAAUACACCGAGCUGGCCGGCUGCUCCUCGCUGCUGCAUGCGCGUCACAAAGGCCUGGCGGGCAUCGUCAUGACCAGAGGUCUGGAUCUGAGACAGGCCCAAGUGGUGGCGCUAUCGACCGGCACUAAAUGCAUUAAUGGAGAGUUUAUCAGUGACCAGGGUCUGGCGGUCAACGAUUGUCACGCUGAAAUCACCACCAGACGAGCCCUGCUGCGGUUCCUGUACUCCCAGCUAGAGUUACACCUCAGCAAAAGGAAAGAGGACUGGGAGCAAUCGAUCUUCGUACGGCACAGAGAUUCCUGUUUGAGACUCCGAGAGAACGUCCUCUUCCACAUGUACAUCAGUACGUCGCCCUGCGGGGACGCCCGCGUCAACUCGCCGUAUGAAAUCACCUCCGACUUGCACAGCAGCAGACAGUUGGUGAAGAAGUUUCACAGUCACCUCCGGACAAAGAUUGAGUCAGGGGAGGGUACGCUGCCCGUGAAGACCCCCGGUCCCUUUCAGACGUGGGACGGAGUCCUUCAAGGAGAACGUCUCAUCACCAUGUCAUGCACCGACAAGAUUUCCAGGUGGAAUGUGCUCGGCCUGCAGGGGGCGCUACUCAGUCAUUUUGUGGAGCCGGUGUAUCUGUACAGCCUGACGGUGGGCAGCCUGAGACACACGGGUCACUUCUCCAGGAUGAUGAACCACAGGUUGGAGAGAGUCGGUCCUCUGCCAACCUGCUACCACCGUAACCAGCCUCUACUGAGCGGCCUGAGCAACAGUGACUGCAGGCAGCAGGGGAAGUCUGUGUGUUACAGUGUCAAUUGGACGGCAGGUGACACCCAACUGGAAGUGCUCAACGCUUCUACUGGGAAGAGAAGAGACUCCGGGGAUCCGUCCAGACUUUGCAAGCAUGUGCUUUUUACACGUUGGAUCAGACUCUAUCGCAAGCUGGUGGUCCGUGGGGCGAGUGGUACGCCGCUGUACUGUGAAGCGAAACAGGCGGCCGGCACCUACCAGACUGUGAAGCUGCAGUGGUUGAAGGGUCUACAGGAAGCAGGACUAGGGACCUGGGUCAGAAAACCUCCCGAGCAGGAAAACUUCACUGUAUGAGUGCAGAAACCUGACCUCGUCACCAAAACCACCUUCACCUUGCAACCAGUCACCACAGAAGCCCUAUAUUUCACCCCUAAAGUCAAAAACAUCCCACUGCCAGAAAAUCUCCACAGGGAGAUGACAGGAGUCAUGACUAAGUGGUAAACCUUGUUCUGUCAAAGUCUCGCAAAAUGUUGCUACCAAGUAAAGGAUGAGGCACGGAAGAAUUUUGUACCUUGCCUUUUAUAGCUUCUGUAGGGAUUUUUUUUUCAAUAGAAAGCAUUACUAUUUGUUGCAAUUAAAUCCCUGCCAAAAGUCCUGAUAUAGGAAAAAAAAAAACAUUCAUGUGUAUGUAAAAUUUUUCGACAUUAUGAAAGAUCCUAUACCUUUCCUCAAAAUUCUAUUAAAACCGAGAACAAUAGUGUACCACCUUGUUCUAGCUAGCUAACAUGUUUCCCAAUCACUGAGUGCUAUGCUAAGCUAGAAGGCUAAGCUACGAACAAAUUCAACCCAAAAUGAUUUUCUAGCACUUCUAAUCAGGCUCAGAAUUGAAUACCCAAAAAGUGGUUUCCAAUGGAAUUGCUUUUUUAUCCAAAGAAGAUAUGAUCUUACAGGAGAUUGAAAGCAAUGAGUUCAACUGUUAGGGUUGUCAAAUGUUCCGUAUAAUAUGGAAUCGUUACAUAUUUAAGGCAUCAAGGUAGCUUGUCCCAUAAUCACAGGCAUAUGCUAUAAGACCUAGACAAAUUUCGCAACUGAUAAUUAAUCAUUCUUUUUCACAAAUCAUUGUUUCAAUUGAAUUCAUAGCAAUUUGUGCAAGGCUUUAAGACCUCGCAGAAUCCUUUUUGUGUAGUCGCUCCCGCUUCACAUCUAAAGGCAAUUCUGUUUUGAUAUCAGAAAAUCAGUUUUGACAAAUCCAAACAAUGUGAUCAUUGAUCAUAAGAACAGCAUCCAUCUAGGCAAGAAGACAUGCAAUCUCCCUGAGGGAAGAUGUUUUUCGUUAGUUAAUAUCGUUAAAUAGAUAGAAAGAGAAAAAAAAAAAAACAUUUUAAUUUGAACUUCUAGUGUGUCUUAAACUUGGAGCCCACACUCUCCAAAUUAUUUCAUUGAAAAUUAUUAAUUUUCAUUCAUUCAUUCAGGCUACAUGGUUGCAAUAACAUUUUAGUUCAAAAUCUGAAAUGCUGAAAAAAACAUGCUUUCUUUGACUUACAUUUCAUCGAUGUUCAUUUGUUAUUCUUUCAGGUUUUGUAUGCACUUAAUUUAACAGUACGUAGUACACCGUACGACAUAACAUUAAACUAUAACGUUCUUUUAAUGAGUUCCAGGAGCUUCUGGAAUACCUUUAGUGUGGAGGUAGUUCAUAUCAAAUUAGUUUUGUCCUCUUGUAUAACACUCCCAAGAUUUAAAUUUUCUCUGCUUUUCAAUAAACUGCACUACAGAGGAAGUUGCAGUGGCCAUUGAGGCCGAAUGCAGGAGAAAUCGUGCAUACAGUCCAUAAUGGCAUGCAGAUUAUCACAAAAUAAUUUAGAUUUUUUUUCCCCAUCACUUUUUAAAAACCAAAAACAUGGAAGGUUAGGGUUACCAUUAGGGUGUGCUUUGUUCUGAGAAACAAUACAUGUAGCUUUCGCAAGACUUUUGACAGAACAAGGGUUACCAACAAUGGAAUUGACAACAAGGGAAAUGUAAGAAACGGGGACAUUUUCUCAGAGCACCGCAGAUGGAAAGAUGGCCACCUCUCUCUCUCUCUCUCUCUCUCCACUGACGGCUCUGCUGUAGCCGUCAUUCAAACGUGUGCAUGUGUGUUAACCUUCGCCAAAGUGAAAGGCAGCCGCCGUCUUGUCAUUAUCUGCCCGUUUCCGGAUGGCCUGCCCCUGAAGAGCUCCGACACGCUGUCCAAUUAGAGGUCCUGUCAGAGUGAUGCGUCCCUCUUUUUCCUCUCUCUCCUUUGCCUUUGGUUCACUGGUACAACUUCAAAAUGGGGGAAAAAAAGAAAGAGGGAACGAAAAAACAGUAGGGGUUGACAUUGCAAAGACAGGUUAAUUCAGCUCCAUUUGGGUUGUGCAGGUUAGAGGUAAUGGUGACAAGCUAAUGUAAAUGGUGCCAUUACGACACCCCAGGUCUCUUGCCGUUUUUGGAGCAGGGACAGCUUGCUGCUUUAAUACCUCAUUUCCACUCACCGGUGACGUGUCAUUUCUCCGCUGGUUUCUCUUUGUGUGUCAGUGCUGUAUCUUUACACAGGGUGUUCCAGGGGGAAACGCUGGCGGAUUGAUGUAGGCACAAAAGUGCCUAAGAGUGCAAGUAGAGAUCCGUGAUUAUGGAGUAAUUUGUAGUUAAUGGAUUCAUUUACAAACCGAGCACAUUACAAAUUGCUUCUUAAAGCCCGACCCAACCUUUGAAACGCAUGCCACUUUAACCGAGGUUUAACCAAUGAUUCUCCUGCAUUCGCUUAUUUAAUUUAAUUUACAGAUACAUCCGUGUCUUUUUGAUUUAGAUGUGCACUUUUCCGUGUUUUAGUGUGCGUGUUUAAACCUUGAAUCAUUUCCUCAAGUUAUCAUUAUUUGUCUGUGAAGAUGUUUGUUGUUGUAUACAAAUACAAUCAUAUUACUCCAUGAUUAUUAUAUUUUAAUGGUGGAUUCCUUUCUUGCUGUAGUUCAUUGUUACUGCAUAAUUUGUUACCGCUUUGAGUAUAUUAUCACAGCACAUGUUUUUGUUUUUUUCAUAAGCUUUCAGUAUGUAUUUUCAAAUGCCAGUCUGUCAACCUUUGCUGAGAUGUCAUGUAUCCACCCCUUUACAAACAGCUCAAGAUGUUACAGGGACACCUUGUGGUGGCACAUAUAUUUAAGGUUUUUUGACACCUGUUUAAAUGUCUAAUGGUAUAUUAUAUAUAUUUUAAAUAAUGAAUCCAUCCCAACUUAAAUGUGAUUAUUUUGUCUACUAAUAGAAAUAGAAUAUCAGUAGAAAUAUGGUGAAACUGACAGAUCGAAAUAUGUAACCCAGCAUUACCUACCUUUGGCUUCUUUCUGUUAUCUGGAUUUAUUUUUUUUUCCCUAAAAAUGCUGAUGAAAACGUAAUGAUAUUGAAUGGAAUGAUCUGUUUCGUAGUUAUUUGCACCACACUGACAACCCAGUUUUGAAUCUGACAUGAUUGGAAAGACUGUUAAUGCACGUCCGUCUUCUCUGUACUUAUUUCACUAACAUUUGUUUUAUGUUUGGGUUGAACCUUUUCUUCAUCACAACAGAAACAUGAAAAGCCCCAGACAAAACUACAUCAAGUAAUUCAGUCCUAAGGCAUGAUUGAAUGGCAAUAUUGUACUAAUGACUGUACAUUUUGUAAAAAUUUGUAAGAAAAAGAUUUAAAGAAUACCCUAAAGAUAUGUCUCGAUAAAGUGUACAUUUUAACCCAAAAGCAUAUGCUCCUAAGGUGUGUACAUUGCACUUGAGUUAAAAGUGAAUGUUUAUGUGAAUAAAAACAAAAAUGUUGUGUUAUACUUGGACUUGAUUCUGUUUGUUGUGCUGUAAAAAUACUUUUGGAUAAUGCAUUAUAAAAGUAGUUUAAAUGCAUUAAUUACGCCUUGUAAUGCACCUAAUAAUGCAUUGUAAAAUAACCACAGUUAGUACUAUUAUACCCUCUAAUAACUCUUUAAAAUGCAUUAUAAAUUUACACUUUUACACACACACACACAUAUUUAUAAUGUGUAGAUUCCAUCAAAACAAUGCGAUCGUUGAAAGACAUCUUCACUUUAUUCUGAAGCCCAGCAGUGAAUGCUUCUGAUGCUAGAUCUCUACAUUAUUAUAAGAUGCAAUAUGUUUCUCCAAUACAGCAAAUUAAGUCGCUCUCAAAUAAAAAAGUGAAAUGGCUCAAAUACCCCACAGAACAUUGUAUCAAGUUAAAGACAGCUUAAAUUUCUCAUUUUUAAAGGACGUUCUGAUGGGUCAUAUGCGUUGUUGUUAGACAGCUGGAUAAAAGAUGAGUUUUUGAUGCGUCUUUGCGUACAUUUCAACUCUAAA